ACCAUACGCCAAUCCCCGCCCCAUCAACAUAUGGACGGCUAGAAGAAAUAUUAAGCAAAUUAUUCCCGUUACUUUGGGCAUAGUCUUUAUCGUGAGCCAGAUCAUUCUGCUCCAGAGAUCUCCCCUGUUUAGGGAGACAGGUUCUCUUCCUCAUGAGGUCUUUCGCACUCGUAAGGGCAAUUUGAUUGGUAGCAUUUAUCACAGAGAAGACUUCUUCUUGCCAAAUUAUGCGACAAUGGAGAGCGAUUUUAAGGUCUUUGUGUACCCAGGGAGAGACCCUACAACGUGUUAUGAUCCAAGAGACAAGCUCAAGAGAAAAUAUGCAAGUGAACAUUACUUCUUGAAGAAUCUGAUACCCAGUUUGUUCUUCACAGAUGAUCCUACUGUGGCUCAUCUCUUCCUGAUUCUCUUGUCUUGUAAGAAAACGGGAGGCAGGGAGGAGAAGGAUAUCGAGAAUUAUGUCAAGAGCUUGAUUUCCUCAUACCCUUACUGGAAUAGGACUUUAGGUGCUGAUCAUUUCUAUUUCAGUUGCCAUGACAUUGACAGCGGGACUAUUGAAGAAGUUCCACUGCUCAUGAAGAAUGUAAUUCGACUUGUUUGUUCACCAAGUUAUGACUCCAAGUAUAUUCCGCACAAGGAUAUUUCCCUCCCGCAGACAUUAGAGCUCUCUCUUCAUGAUGGAGACGACGUGUGUAGCAGGUCAACUGCGAUGUCUCGCCCUUUAAUGAUUUACCCAGAGAUGAUGCUCCCUCGCAGGACUAAACUCGGUUUCUGGGCUGGUUCUCUUAACUCAGAUGUAAGAAAGAAUCUUCAACUUUUUUAUGAAGGUGCUCCAGAAUUUAACUUCCAUUUCUUCGACAAAAUGAAAAAGGCUGCCAUACCAGACGCUUAUGAAAAUGAUGGGAGUAAAUUUUGCAUUUGUCCUCGUGGGAAUAAUGAUGUCGGUGGUGUU